ACCACGUGCAAGAGUGCACAUAGCUGCAUGUGACUACGCCGGGUGAAGCUGUAGCGAUAUAUUAAGCUAAACCAUAGUCGUGAAAUACGUAAAACUGUAAUUCGAAGAAACAGCCGCUGGAUCAGUGAAUUCCUGUUGCCAUGGCAUUGAGAGGAAAAGUUGCGCUCGUCACAGGUUCCAGUUCAGGAAUUGGGGCAGGAAUUGCAACAGUACUUGCGAGAGAAGGAGCCAAACUGUCACUGACUGGCAGGAACGAGAAGAAUUUGGAGGAAGUGGCCAAGAACUGCAAGACGGAAGCUUCUGACGAUGUUCUCACAAAUGUAGGUGACAUCACACAGGAUGCUUUCAGAAAGACUGUGGUGGAAGCAACCAGGAAGAAGUUCGGGAAAAUAGACAUUCUGGUGAACAAUGCUGGGAUCACAGGGAUCAGCCCACUGCAAUCAACGACCAAAGAACUGUACGACAGUGUCAUGGCCAUAAACGUGGAGGCACCUCUGUUUUUGACACAGUUAGUUGCACCGUAUUUGAUUGAAACUAAAGGAUGUGUGGUUAAUAUCUCAUCUUGCGGCACGAGUACAAUUGUUCCGGGAUUCGGUAUCUACGUCAUGUCGAAGGCGGCCUUGGAUACAUACACAAGAUACCUUGCACAUGAAAUGGUUUCACACGGAGUGCGCGUGAAUGCAGUCAACCCAGGUUACAUACCCACUCAAAUAUUGUCUCGCCUGUUAUCGAAAGAAGAUUUGGCCAAGAUGGAGAGUGCCGUGACUAAAGAAACGCCAGUUGGUCGAGCGGGUACCGCAGAAGAAAUUGGUCACAUUGUGGCUUUCCUAGCCUCGGAGAAAGCAGCCUUUGUGACUGGAGAAUGUUUCAGGGCCGAUGGUGGGUACACAAUGACCACACCAGUCCUUACAUAAGGCAGAUGGUCACAAGACGCCCACAUGCCUCCAUCGAUCGCAGACUGUGUAUCUGAUGUGUACCACAUAGGCUAGACAAUUACCAAUGAAAUUUGACAUAUGAGUUCUAUUUAUAUGGUACAAAUUAAAAACAAACAAAUCCUGAAAUAUUAACAAUACUGACACAGUGCCAGUUAAGAAAACCAAGAUACUGUUCCAGUUAUGCUUAUAUAAAUAAAUAUUGAUGCACAUGCUGAA